AUGGCUCUCCAGACGAGGAGGAAGCAAUUCUCCUUAAAGGAGAAACUUGAAGUCCUCGAAGAGUUACGCUCCGGCGUGAAGAAGGUGGACGUGGCCCGGAGAUUUGGCAUCAGCAAAUCAACGCUUUCUACCUUCCUGAAGAAUCGUCAGAGACUCGAAGAAGAAGGAGUCGAGUUCGAUCCUGAGAGAAAAAGAUUGAGGACAGCCAAAUACGAGAGAGUCGACAAAGCUACGUUUCUGUGGCUUCAAGAGAUGCGUUCAAACAACGUCCCCGUUUCGGGUCCGCUGCUCCGCGAGAGAGCUGUAUUGUUCGCGAGAUCCCUCGGUCAUCCAGACUUUCAAGCCAGCGAAGGCUGGCUGGCGCGUUUCAAGGAAAGAUAUGGAAUUCGCGCCAAAGUUCUGUGCGGAGAGUCAAGUGAUGCCCCCAUCGAAAAAGCGAACGAAUGGAAGGACAGGUUUAUAAGAGAAGUUAUAGCUGCUUACUCUCCAGAUGAUGUAUUCAACGCUGAUGAAGCGGGUUUGUUCUACCAGUUGUUACCGGAGCGAAUGCUGGCGAUGAUAGGCGACGCUUGCAAAGGGGGUAAAAAGUCGAAGCUUCGAUUGACGACUUUGUUUUGUUGUAACGCCAGCGGAACAGAGAAACGGAGAAUUUUAAUCGUCGGGAAGUCUGCGAAACCCCGAUGUUUGAGAGAUGUCAGAUCCUUAUUGUGCCAAUAUCGGGGAAACCGCAACGCGUGGAUGACGCGAGAUCUCUUCACCGAGUGGUUGAUCAGGUUCGACAAAGACAUGCGCUUGCAGAAAAGGAGCGUUCUACUCUUGAUCGAUAAUUGCUCAGCGCACAUGAGUUUGCCGCGCAUGUCGAAUAUACGCGUCGAAAACUUUCCCCCCAAUUGCACCUCGGUGCUUCAACCCUCAGACUUGGGGAUAAUAAGGGCCGUGAAAGCUAACUAUAGAAAAGACCUGGUUCGGCGAAUACUGGUAAACCUGGAAGUCGGCUCCAUGUCGAAGGUUGACGUGAAAGCGGCCAUGGAUAUGAUAGCUCACGCUUGGUCAGAAGUCAAGUCGGAAACAAUCCGGAAAUGUUGGAAAAACAGCGGCCUGCUUGGUCUUGCGCCGCUCCAGACGAAGACAGUCGUGAAGACUCGACCGAUCUUUCUGGAUUCUGGGAUGACGAAAUGCAAGGCAUGA